CACACAGCUCGGUUCCUUCUUACGCAGGAAGUUUAACCAACAGCUCCCUGAAUGCAACCCCAUUGCAUUGUGCAGCAACCAACAACAGCUUGGUUGCGUAGCUGCUCCUCCAGCGGGGUGCAGAUCUGGCCCAUUUUGGACAGGGCUGCACUGGACAGCACCCAGCGGCCAGCUAGAUAAGCGCGUAAUUUGGCAGGGCUUUCCCCAGACUGGGGCAGCGGCAGGACUACCACGGCACAGACAGCAUCCAAAACAGGGCGGCCCGGCGCUGCGGGCGGGGAAGCUGUCCUUGCCGGUCCCUUCGCUGCGGCAGCCGCAGAGGAAGCCGCGGCGGCGCAGGGCGGCUGGGUGUCGGCGGAAGGGCCGCGGCCGGGCCCCCUGUGUCCCCGCCCCGGAAGGCGCCGCGCUGCCGCGAACCGGCGGCGGAGAUGGUGUUGCUGAGCGCUCCGCGCUGGCUCCGCAGCCGCCUCACCGACCGCUUCUGGAGGGUGCAGGAGGUGCUCAAGUAUGCGCGGCAUUUUCGCGGAAGGAAGAACCGCUGCUAUAAGCUGGCCGUACGAAGUGUUCGGAGAGCUUUUGUGAAGUCUACAAAGGCCAGGAGAGAGAAGAAGAGAUUCCUCAGAGCGCUCUGGAUCACUAGGAUUGAGGCAGCUUCUCUUGAACAUGGUUUGAAAUACCCAGCUUUCAUAAGCAAUCUGCUUAAGUCCCAGGUGGAGCUGAACAGGAAGAUGAUUGCCGAUUUGGCUAUUUAUGAGCCAAAGACAUUCAAGUCCCUGGCUGCCUUAGCCCAGAGGAGGAGACAGGAAGGCUUCCUUGCUGCCCUGGGAGAUGGAAAAGAACCAGAGGGAAUAUUUUCACGUAUCGUACACCACUAUUGAUAUUAAAAGUCUGCAGAUACGUGUUAGGAACUUGUAUUGUGAAGUAAACUUGCUCACUGGCUGCUGCUGAGGUCAUAGCUGUGGAACAAAAUCCUCUCAGGAUGGUUCCAGAAGGACGGGGUGGGUCCGGGCACGAAGCUUGCACCUUGGUGACUUUUCCCCUGUAUUGUUGUAACUGAAACACGUUGAAUUGGAAACCGCAGUUUGAAUUCAGCAGUGGUGUCAGGCCUGUGGAAGUUCCAGUGUUAACGACAUACAUAGCGUCCCUACGCUUUCUGUUCUGUGAAGGACUUUAAUAAAGAUUUAUUUUUUUUUCUU